ACAUAGUGGAGGAGGGGUAAAUCCACCAUCACCAACCCCUUAUUGGUAUAUCUCCUUGCCUGCCCCAUGCUUCCAGCAGCAAACUCUUACCUUAAGCUUCUUACACAAAACCAACGAGGGAUGUGGCACCGCAACUCCCAGCAUCCUCGGCUAAGAGAAUUAACUCUUAAACAUGCCUGAGAACCAACACUGGAAAAUGCAGAAAGAUUGCAGACUAUCGGGCACAUUCUACUACAAUACUACAAGUUCAGCCAAUCUGCCCGGAGUCGCUGGUAGGAAGGCUCAGCCGGUGCUGUUCGGUUCGUACCGCCGGAUCAUGUACCCCAGCCUGGCCCUCACUGCCAACCAUGCCCAGCCGGCCUACUCCCACGACCCCUCGAACUUCCUGCACUCUACGGGCAGCCCCCCGGUCUAUGUGCCGACUAGUCGGAUGCCGGCCAUGCUACAGUCGCUCCCCUACCUACAGAGCUGCGACACUGCCCACCAGGGCCACCAUCUGGGCAACCACCCGGGCUGGGCACAGACUGCCAACGAGAGCCACACGUUCAAUGCCAGCAGCCCCCACACCCCCAGCGGAUUCCCUUACUCGCACAGCCCCCCUGUGGGCAACGCCAGUGCCAGGGAAGGUGCCUACCAGAGCCCCCUGAUCAUGGGCAGCAGUGCCAGGGACCAGUAUGGCAACUCCCUGGUGCGCACCGGCUCCUACCCCAGCCCCUACUCCUAUGUGGGCGCGGAUAUGCCCCCUUCUUGGGCAACUGGACACUUUGAGGGCAGCAUGUUGCACAGCCUGCAGGGGAGGCAGCCCUUACCGGGUAGGAGAUCCAGCCUGGAGUUCCUAGAAGAGUUUCAUGGUGAGGGAAGAGAAUGCGUCAACUGUGGGGCUAUGUCUACCCCUCUGUGGAGACGAGAUGGAACGGGCCACUACCUGUGCAAUGCCUGCGGGCUGUACCAUAAAAUGAAUGGCAUCAACAGACCCCUAAUCAAACCACAGAAAAGGCUGUCCUCCUCCCGGCGGGCCGGCCUUUGCUGCACUAACUGUCACACCAGCACCACAACCCUGUGGAGGCGCAACUCGGAGGGGGAGCCGGUGUGUAACGCUUGUGGCCUGUACAUGAAACUACAUGGGGUACCUCGGCCUCUGGCCAUGAAGAAAGAAAGUAUUCAGACCCGGAAAAGGAAGCCAAAAAAUGUCAGUAAAGGAAAGACUUCCACAGGCUCGACAUCGGCCACCAACUCCCCGUCUUCAGUUACAAAUUCCGAUCCGACGCCCGUGUUAAAAACAGAACCCAAUAUCGCAUCCCAGUACCCGGGUCAGGCAAUUGUAGCGGUCUCCCAGGGGCAGAGCCAAACGGACGAUCUGGUCAACGGGUCCCACGAGCUGAAGUUUAUCCCAGAGGAAUACGCCUACAGCCCCACCGCUCUGAGCCAAUCAGGACUGAACGUUCCCCUACGCCAGGAGUCAUGGUGCGCGCUGGCACUCGCCUAAACCUGAACCCAAUGGGGACACAACGAGGUCCGUGGGUUUAGCAGCUCCUGGGAGCAGAGAGGGCACCGCCUGACGCCUUAUGAAGGACACAAGGUGCCGCGCCCAGAGGAACGGAUCCGCCGCCGUAAUCCUGCGCUGGGAAGCCACCGAAUGGCAACGACUUUCCCUAUUGGACGAAACGGACGUAUCUUGGGUUUCUGACGAUUCUUCGCAUUUCUGGGGAGAGGAAGGAGCAUUGUCUCCAUGGCAACUUCCAUGGAAGGACUCAGUUGGGGGGCCAAGCUGCCAAUCAAACCAGGGGCGGUGAUUUUAACCUCUUAUUUUUUGGAAUCCUCCCGACGUUACGGCAAAACCAUCUGCUCCAACACCGAAACUCCUCCAGCGACAAUGAGGGGAAUCCGUGGAGCCAAUAAGGACUCGGCCUGGUCACGCACCAGUUAUAAUACAGGGCACACACUUUGGGCUUUUGGGUUUUUUUAUCUCCAAAAAUGGCUUCAUUGGUCUCUGCGUUUCACAGAGAACGUCAAGAUAUUUUCUUAAGACGCUACCGUCCCCUCGUGUAAUAUGUUCCCUGUCUGACUACCUUUUUAGUGCAAUUUGUUUCACAUCUAAUAAAGAGUGAUAAUGUGUCACCGAGUAUAAAAAUAUAUUUUAUUAAAAUCUUAUUACAGUUGGAAA